AUGCAGGUCGACUUAGACGACGUUGACGACCUCUUCGGCGAUGGUGCUCCUCUAACUCUUCCGCCCCGCUCCAUAAGCAAACGUCUACGACAGAGGCUAGACGAGCUUCGUGAACGAGGCUCUUACCAGGGUAUUGCUUGGUCCAAAGCCGGCACUAUAGCAUCCAUUACGCCUGAUGGUCAACAGCUACAGUUAAUGUAUAUUCGUGCCAAAGGCAAGGAUGCCACAUUUGCCUUGAGCGAUCCUACUACCAUCGCACCAUGGGAAACCCUUCCAGGAGGGCCCCUUGUCCAUCUUAGUUGGAGUCCUGCCAGCCCAGAACUCGCUAUUAUUGACGCAGUAGGCAGAGUCCUUAUUAUUAGUUUCUCGGCGAAUCUGAAUCGCCCAUCUCCUUCUAGAAGAUGGGAUGGAGAUUCCAUAGAUGAUUUACAAGCUGUUGUAGGAACAUAUUGGCUACCUAGUCAUCACACUGCAAACCCAAGAUCACCUCCAUACACGCCAUCUUACGGGCCGGCUGUUAGGAACGGAAAUGGAAAUAACUAUAGUUAUCAAAUAACCCCCAUCUUCAACAACGGCCCUCUUCACCCCCAGAACAACAGAUCCGCUUUUAUAUGUAUCACCACGACUGGAGUCCUUAAAAUGUUCUGGGGACAGAAUAAUGGUAAAAUCGAAGAGACGACUGUAGAACUUGAGAAUGCCACAUUGGCAGACGAUUUAAUCACCCAUGCUGCAGUAUGUUCGGAUAGGAGAAGCCUCAUGGUAGGGUUGGCAACUACGUCGAAACAGCUUUGUGUUGUCCAAGUAGCCAUCAAUUGGAAUAAUCCUAAAACCGAGGGCGCGCAAAGCAAUCCUUCUAAUAAUCAACCGCUAAAUCCAACGCUCACGAAGAGGCACGUAGCAGUUACUAGCUGGUUCCAGCCAAGCUCUGGCGAUUUGCAUUCCGAUGCAUCCAUGCAAAAAAUCACUCACAUUGAAAUGUUGCCUCCUAUCCUUCUAACUGCAUUUAACAUACCAAACAAGGAGUGGUCGCCUAUUAUGAUCUUGACGGUAAGAUCUCUUAUCCCAGACCCAAACUUACCCUACGCCCAAGAAGUCCAGAGCAUAAUUGAUCGAUGGGAACUCUUGUCGGAUCACCACCAAACGCUUCAUUCCGCAUUUGAGCAACUAGGCCUCAGAAAAAACAGUGCCGGUUCUACAACACCAAAUGGCAGCAGGCUCAAGAAACUCGAUUCUGUCGUUGUCAACAAGGUCAUAAUAGGGGUAAACCUCAUCAACUUUGGGAAGAUUCUCUGCUUCUCCUAUAAUGACGGCAGCGUAGAGUAUCGAGAUCGAUUCACUAUGGCCGAGCUGUAUCGAGAACCUAAUCUAGAUCGUAUAAAUUCGGUUUUUGAUGCUGGUUUUUCCCAAAGCGGCGAACCAUCAUGCCUUCAGACAGCUUUUUCGCCAACGAAUUUCUCAUUUGUUCAGCUAUGCGAAGACGGCAAAGUGAAAUGGCAUAGCAUCAACUAUACACUAGCAGACCUUGAGUCUAUGGCCGACACUCAGGUGUCCGCACUUGUCGCGGCCUUUUACAUAUCCACCGCUCAGGCCGUCACCCAGAGUGCAAAUUUUGACGACAUCCUAGCAGUCGCUAGGAAUUUCGCUAAUAAAGACUCAUUUGCAAUCGAAUGGGUAAAAACCCAAGUACAGCAGAUGAAGAUAGCUAUCGACUAUACGGAGGACGCAUUACAUGAUAGUCUCAUAAAAAAUGGAAUCUUGCAAGUUUGCCUCAGCAUUAUCAAUUACCUUGGAUGGAGAGGCGAUCUUCAGCCCCGGCAAGGCUGGGGAAAGCUUUCUAUGCUGGCUCUGAACUUGCGCAACAUAACCGUCAUGAUGCAUCUCUCAAACAGCCAAAUCCCCAUACAUAAUAAAACCACUAUAACGCCGCUUGACGAACCUGAAGCUGUCAGUGCCUUAGCCGGAUGCGUCAAGUGGUCAAACGACCUGCUUGGCUGGAUAUGCGACUCUCUAUUCUGUCUUUUUGAUGAUGCCGAGUUCAUGAAGCACCUAAAGGGGCCUCAACUGGAUAAAAUGACGAUGUACUUACAUGCGAAGAACGAAAUCGCGUUGCAUUUAGUCUUAUGUUCAACAACGCGUGCCCUACUUUCCGCCCUAUGCCGUCGUAUUCUAUCGCUCGACUCGUUAUCGACAAAAGCUAUUAGCUGGUACGAAACCCGCGAGAAGUCUAUCGCGAAUAACCCGAAUGCUGCAACCGAUCCUCGCACAGCUGCUCAUACCGCUCUGCAUGCCGCGUACCAGAACUUGCGACAAUGCAUUUCAUCUUCUCUUAUUAAAGCUGACGAAUUCGACAAACUUCUCACCGGCCUGGGAGCUGAAAUACGAACGGCUUACAGCACCUCACUGGCAAUAGUUGGCGAGCAAGCUGCUAAAGCAGCAAACAAGACUCAGCCACCACAAAAUUCGAACCCUAACGCGCCCAGACCAGACCCAGCCCAAGAAGCCAUUGCCCGCGCACGUCAGCACUGCGAGCUUGACAUGCUUGUCCUGCAGGCGCCACCGUCGUCAUUCGUCCCCGUCGUCGGCAAAUUUUUCAACCAGGACCUAAAGGAAUUUCGCGCGCGGUCCGAGGUCGCAAAGCUGUAUUUCGCUGACUAUUCGAUCCUCGAGCUCGACGACGAGCCGCGCUCGCUAGCCAAGAGGAGGGCGAGCGGUGUGAGGGUAGAUCUCUUCAAGAGAAUUGAAAUCUCGAGGAACCCAAGAAGCGGGAAUGGCAAGAAUCAGUUCCCUUGGAGGCAAUGUGCGCGCUGCGGUAACGUCAUGGAGGACCUCGCUCUGGUUAAUCACAAGCCAGGAUUCAGCUUCUUGCUCCGUCAACAAGGCAAUUGCUCCUGCGGUGGUCGGAUGGCUAUCCUACCGUCGGAAACACAUAAUUAG